UGUACUGAAAUAUACACAAAUUAACAAAAUCGAUCGAUCUUUUAUAUCGACGUUCAUGCAUUUUCUUUGUUCGAUGUUGUUAAAUGAAACGGAAGUUUACAAUGAUGAAUGAGGGGAGAUAAUAUAUAAUAUUCGACCAGAAUAAAGAAAACAUGAAAUGAUCAUAUCUUCAAAAGAUAUUGUUCUUAACCUCCUUAAGUGCCUUGUCACAUUUUAUGCAGUUUACUUUGCUGUUGGAAGUCUUGCCUACGCCUCAUUUAGCCAAUCAAAUUUUGAUGGAAAAAUCCCAUUUGAUUUUGAAUCAUGGAUAGAUUUAUCAGAAUGCUGCAGUGUGUACAAAGACAAAGAAUUGGUAAAUGUGAUAUCAAUGGAAGUGACCUACUUUAUCUGUGGUGUGGUGUUUGGAGUUCUAGUAAGAUCUAGAGUUUGGGAUUAUGCCAUUACAGUCUCAAUAAUCCACAUAUUAGUCUCUUGUCUAGUGAUGUUGGCUUUUCCUAUGAACUGGUCAUGGUGGGUAUGCCUAGGAUGUGGUUUAAUAGUGUUGAUUCUGGUGGGAGAAGCUGUUGGAUUUGCCAGAAGAAAGAAAUCUUUAACCAAAGUUAACCCAGAACCAUCACAAACAAACACAAGCUACCUCUACAGAAAAGGAUAAAUACUGAGAUAUAAUCUACAAUCUGUCAAGAUGAAGAGCAAUGUACUUCCAGGAGCAGAAAUUUACCAUCUUCCAACUUUUAAUAGUCUUCGGGACUAUAUAACAUUAGACCCUUUUCCAACUUUCAACGUUUAAAAUACCUUAUGUUAGACUUUGUUACAUUAGACCAUUUACAUUUAUUACAAGUUGAUUGAAAAUGUCUGACUGCACCAUACUUAAUGAAGAAUAAGGGUACCUUUAGUGAUUUCUAUCAAAGUCAGUAGGUGAUAAUUGAUCACAUAAGAAUUAGAUUUGUACAACCUUUUAGUAUGAUAUUCUCUAGACUCCUACAUGAAUAUUAUGCUGAAAGCUGAAAAUAACUCAAAAAUGGUGAUUAUUUUAAGUAAAAUAAAUUUCAGUUUCGCUGUUAUCAAAUAAUGAUUUUUAUGCCCCACCUACCAAAGUAGAGGGGCAUUAUGUUUUCUGGUCUGUGCCUCCGUUCGUCCGUCUGUGCAUCUGUUCGCUUCAGGUUAAAGUUUUUGGUCAAGGUAGUUUUUAAAGAAGUUGAAGUCCAAUCAACUUGAAACUUAGUACACAUGUUCCACAUGAUAUGAUCUUUCUAAUUUUAAUGCCAAAUUAUAGUUCUGACCCCAAUUUUAUGGUCCACUGAACAUAGAAAAUGAUAGUGUGAAGUUCAGGUUAAAGUUUUUGGUCAAGGUACUUUUUGAUGAAGUUAAAGUCCAAUCAACUUGAAACUUAGUACACAUGUUUCCUAUGAUAUGAUCUUUCUAAUUUUAAUUCAAAAUUAAAGUUUUGACCCCAAUUUCACGGUCUACAGAACAUAGAAAAUGAUAAUUGCGAGUGGGGAUUCCGUGUACUAUGGACACAUUCUUGUUUUUCUAUAAUUAUAGAAGUUUAUAAAGAUCUGUAAAAGGAAAAAUGUCACGAAAAGCUACCUUAUUAACUAUAUGAAUAGUAUAUGUAUCUCUAUCCAAAUAUUUGAGUACAUAAGAGUAAAUUUUGUGUGGAAAAUAUUGUCAUAGAAAAACUAGUAGUGGAAGAUGAGGUCCACUUUAUUCUCACAUUUAAAAAUUUUGAAACUGAUACAUGUAGAAAAAUAUACAUCAAAUAGCUGUGCAGUAAUUGAAUUGAAUGAAAUCCAGAAAAUAUGUUUACAAUUUAUAUGACUUAUGGGCUGUGAGAAACUGGAAGUUCUAAAAAAUAUGUUUACAUGAUAGUCAGUCUCUGGACUGAAAGAUUUUUAUAAACAAAUGUGUGCAAGUUAAGGCCAGGAUUUUUUAAUUUGUUGGUUUAUGGAUUUGCCGAUCUGAUUAUGCUGAUUUGCAGAAUAAAAAUAAAAUUGACUUUUACAUGUUUCUUUAGUCCCGCCAACCCAAACUAAAACAUAAUCUCUAAAAAAUAAAUAAAUCAUCUUUUUUUUAAGAAAUAAAAUGCAUUAAACACUAACGAAAUCGAUAAUACUUUCUGUUGUGAAAACUAAAACUUCCAAUUUACAUAUCUAGAAAUAGACAAAUCAAUCAUAACUGACCUUGAAAUGUCAUUUGGGCAAAUGAUUUUGAGGAAUGAAACCUGUGUUUAAAACCCAUUACACAUUAAGUUUGUUUACCAUAUUUGUCAUAAUUUCGUAAGAUAGAAAAAAAUAAAAAAUGAACGUGUUCAACCGUGAAAGACGUCAAGUUGAAGAACUUAAUUAAAACAAAUCCUUUGGAAUUUUCUUCAGACUUGUGUCAUUGAUAACAAAGACAUUUCACAAUCUGGAUAUCAAAAACAGGCAUGUAAUGACAACUGAUGAACCCAAUAUCCUCGUUUUUUCUGGUGUAUGAGUCUAUUAUGUUUUUGACAUGUGUUAUUUUUCCUACAAUGUUUUACAUUUUUUUCUUCAUCAGUUUUCGUGUUUGAAGAUCAUCAAUCACCAAGUUUCCUGAAAUUUAUUCAGGGCUAUGUUUGUGAAAUGACGAUAUAAUUUCGUUUUUUUCUGUGGACACAAAUUCACUUUUUUCACAGAAAAAUAUUAGACUAUGUCAUGCGAUCUUUAUUGCAACUGAGCAAUAAUAUUUCAUCGAACUAAUAUAUAUGAUGAUAAAAUAGCAAACCAAACAUAUUGUUAGAAAGGUAAAAUAUAUUUUUUUACAUAUUUUUAUGUCUUGAGAGAUAUUUUUUCUCUCUUUUUUUUCCAUAUCAAAUGACAAGACUUUUUCAUGGGGAAAAUCCGUAAACCAACAGGUUAUAAAACCCAGGCCUAAUGUUGUGAAUCAUUCAUUUGCCAAUUUUAUACAAUAUACAUGUGCAAUUAACACUGCAAUAUUAUGUUUUUACUUUAUUUUGUAAUUUAUAUGAUGCCCUUUUAGGCAUCUUUAAUUAACAAUAAAAUUAUUAUUGUAUUGU